AUGGCAUCCAGUUCCAGCAGCAUAUUCGGCUCGUCGCCGACCCAGUCGAAGGCCCCGACUGGCGGCUUCUCUCUAUCCCUGGCCGAUUUACCACAGGACGAUGGCGACAAACAUUCGAUAAUUAGUAGUCGCAUGACAGACAUCAACAGCGAGUUUGGCGAUGAGAUCGAUCAGGUUCCUGGCCUAACCUCGCCUCCUGGCUCGAAUCGAAACUCGGCUCUGUCAUCCCUACACCCACCAACACUUGGUCGGCCAAACACAAGAAUAUCAAUAGGAGACCCUCAGGCGGAAGCUGCGCUUACUACAAGGCCUAGCACGGCUACUAGUAUGACCACUUCGAAAUGGGGGGCUAGACCACGAUCGAGGGGAGCUAUGACACCAGUGGGAGGUAGUUUCAGAAGCUCCAAUAGGCCACCAAGUGCCGCUAGCCGAACCCAUGUCCCGUCGAUCACCAGUCACGCUUUCUACAACCCUAUGAGUUCGACAAAAUUAUCAGCACAACGUGGGAAAGUUUCGGAGGAAGGCGAUCGACCCUCAAUGUCAGAAAUCACGUCUGCACCGUUGCCAGCGAUCACUCCAUCUACGGAACAUGGCACGGCAUCUCCUUUAAAAUCAGUCACCACAGGUCUUAUCGGCCAGCCUCGUACAUCGUAUGCACAAACACCACACUCGCUCGACAAUCCCUUUGGUUUCCAAAGCCCGGCGGUUAUACACCACGGGAAUUCAAACAGGACGUCCCUGCAAGCUCCAAGCGAAAUGGAUGAAUCAAACCAUUAUAGGUAUAGCCUUGGAAGGCAGGCUACUGGAUCCCCGACAAAUCAGACAAUCACAUCUGCAUCUCCCUUACGACAUGGCUCCAGAAGAAGCAACACGAACGAAGCUGUUGCUGGACCAGCAAAGGAGGAACAAAGGGAGGCAUCACAGGGAUCAGCUACAUCUCACAGAGCUGAAGUGCCCGUUUAUGCUGGAAAGAAUUAUCAAUAUUUCCCUGGAAAUACACUAUUUUGUUUCGGUGGACGAUGGCAAACCGCUAGAGAUGCCCCGAUAAACGUAUUAACGGCAACACUAGUAGUUGUGCCAUCGGGUCUAUUUUUUGGUUUUAGCGCCCCUUGGCUAUGGCUCAACGUACACCCAGCUCUGCCAGUUACCUUUGGCUACAUCUUCCUCGUCUGCAUGAGUUCGUUCAUCAGGGCAUCUGUGACGGAUCCCGGUAUCUUCCCGCGAAACAUCCAUCCGCUCGAAUACGAAGAAGGAGAGGACCCCUUGGCCGUUGGCCCGCCUGAGACAGGUUGGACUAUGAUCAAACCCAAUAUGAGAAGAGGGAGCCAACCCCUUGAGGUCCCCGUUAAGUACUGCAAGACAUGCCGCAUCUGGCGUCCGCCUCGCUGCCAUCACUGUAGAGUAUGUGAUAACUGCAUCGAAACGCAAGAUCACCAUUGUGUGUGGUUGAACAAUUGUGUCGGACGACGGAAUUACAGAUAUUUCUUCGCAUUCAUCGCAGCAACCUCCCUUCUCGGCCUAUACCUUUUUGCCCUUUCUCUGACCCAUCUCCUCAUCUGGCGGAGCCAGAAUGAUGCAAGUUUCCUUGACGCGCUAAAAACGUUGCGUGUCCCAUUCGCCAUGGUUAUAUACGGCGCUCUCGGUUCUCUCUAUCCGAUCGCACUAGUUGGCUAUCACGUCUUCUUAGUAUACCGCGGUGAGAGUACCAGAGAGUACUUGAAUAACCACAAAUUUGUGCCCUCAGAACGCCACCGACCCUUCACUCGGAGCAACCCUGUUGCAAACUUUAUCGCCGUCCUAUGCCGCCCGAGGCCCCCAACCUACGUGCAGUUCAAGAACAAGCAUGUCGUUGGAGAUCAAAGGUUCGAUGCAAAGGAAAAGCUUAAGAUGCGAAGUCCAGUCAUCGACCAGACCCCAGCCAUCGGGACCAACCCUGAGAGCGAUAGGGGACGCAGCAGAGGGAUCAGCGAUGCAACCGGAAGGACCGGAAUAAGUAACGAGGGCGCUGCAGUCGCCGCCGCUACCGGACCGGAAGCGUCGACCUCCAAUGUUGGAGUCGGAAAGAAGAUGCUUGCAUCCUAG